AUGGACCAGGGCGACGAUCUCCCUCCGCCGUACUCGGCUGGUCCGUCGACCACCACGGCGCCAGUGCGGCCCUUCGCACCGCUGCCGCACACGUCGUCCCCGUCCUCGUCCUCGUCCUCGUCGCUCUUCACCCACCACCUGUCGAACCUGCGGUCGCAGAUCCUGGCCGAGCAGGCCGCCCGAGCCUCGGACCGCGACAUGUCCGACGCGCGCCUCCUCGCCCUGCUGGUCCCCUGCGUCGAGGAGCUGCUCUCGUCCAUCGCCACCGUGCACCCGCCCCCGCGGCUGGUAGAGGCCGCCCUCGUGCCCGCCUCGGCUGUAGGCCCCGACUGGCACUUUAGCGACCAGGACGAGCGUCGAGACGGGGAACUGCGCACGGUAAUGAGGGUGGAUUCUGACGUCAAGGGCGGAGACACCAAGACGGCCGCCCGCGACGGGCGCGACGGGCGCGACGGGCACGGCUUGUGGUGGGGCGACGAGGACACGGCGCGGCGGCUCGCCAAGUGCCUCAACCCCGAGGGCCCGGUGCCGACCAACCUGGAGCGGCUGGCCGUGAGGGCGCACGUCAAGGAGGCCAAGAGGGCGAGCCGCUGGGGCCUCUUCAGGCGGGACGAGCCGCCGCCGCCGCCACCUCCAGCAUCCCAGCAUGGCGCGUCGCCAUCAGCAGCAGCGGCCGCCGCAGCUUCGAGGGCCGGCGAGGACGUGGUAAUGACGGUGGAUGCGGACGAGGUAACGUUUCGGCGCGAAAACGAAAUGGGCAUCUGGGAAAGCCGCACGGGCUGGGGCAUCGUCGUGCGCGUGAGGAUACGAUCAGGACACAUAUAG